AAGAAAGAAAAAAAAAAAAACCUCCGCCCCCUCCCAUUUCUUUUUAGUAUUUUAAUUUCACCAAUUUUUUUAACCCUAGAAGCCGUGAAGCUCUACGAAUCGGAACCCUUAAUUCGCCCGGAAUUCUCCAAAUCUUCCUUCUUCUUCUUCUUCUUCUUCUUCUUCUUCGGCGCGGUCUCCAAUCCUGUCGUCGUCCCGCUUGAUCCUGUGCCCUAAAUCUCCCCAAACGAGCAGCGACUUCGAUCCGAAUUGUGGUUUCUCAAUCCGCUCUGCCGGCCCUGGAGGUCCCGCUUCGAAGCCAGGAGUGGAGGUUUCUCGGGAUUGGGGCGCCUCAGUGUUGUUUUCUCAACUUUGGCUGGCACCUGCGAGCAAGAGUUUUGUUUGUGAACUCCGUUUCUGCUGGUGUCUGGUCUAAGCUGCUGCAACUGUGUCAUUGUGAAUGGCGAGCCCUAGUUCUCGCAAGGAUAAUACAGGAACGGGUCUGUGAUCUGAACUGAAUCAUUGCAUCUGACUUGAAACAAGUAAUUGGGUUACCGUCAUCAGUUCUGCUGUGCUGGAGGUGGCGGCGGCAACAGCGUGAGCUGGGAAAUGAGGUUGGCAAGGGAAGAGAGAUGACUAGGCUUUCGUUCAGGCCUCGGCCACUUGACAUUCACAAGAAGCUCCCCAUUGUCAAAUCCAUUAAAGAAUUUGAGGAAGAUGAGACACUUGUCACAGCUGCAUCCACCCGCAACUCACAGCUGCUCUGGACUGCAGCUGAGAAUGAGAAUGAGGUGCAUCAAACUCGUAACAAGGCAAGUUCUCAAGAAAUACCUACCCCCCAAUUCAUUGUUGUGGACACAUACGAACGAGACUAUGCUUGCACCUUCACACAAACCACAUCAUAUAUACGUGGAAGAGGAGCUCGGGCUGAGAUUGGUGAAUUUGUUGAAUAUGACCUGGAUAAUGAAGAUGAUGAAUGGCUUGAAGAGUUCAACCAUGAUAAGAUGACUCUUACACCUGAAAAAUGUGAGACCAUUUUGUUCAAGUUGGAGGUUAUGGAUUAUAAAGCUCGAGAACGAGCAGGAGUCAUAACACCUACUUUUGGAUCACCGAUUCCUGUUCUUUUACAACUUGAUGCAGCAGCAGAGGCUUUACAAUUCCUAUCUGUACGAUAUCCGGUAUUCCAGUCUGUAUAUAGCUAUUGGAAAGCAAAGAGAGAAUGGUGGCAAAAACCUAUAUUGCGGCGCUUGCAGCCUCCUCCACCAGUUAAUGAUACAAAUCCUUAUAAUGUAUUCAGACCGAGGGAAAAGGCACACCGUCUUCACAUGAGAAGGAUGCAAAGGAGGGAAAACAAUGUGCAGUCAUUUGAAAAACUUCGCCAGGUCAGGCAUAACUUGGACCAGGCAAAGAAAGUGCUAAGAUCUUUGAUUAAGAGAGAAGAAAAGAAGCGGGAGAUUGUUGAGUGCAAGGUCAAAAUUCAAAGAAUCCAGAUUAAGUAUAAGCAUGAGGCAUAUCUCAUUGAAGAUGGAUUCCCAAGCUUCCAACAACUUUCAAGCAAAUUUACAUCAAGUGAAGAGGUUUAUGUUGAUUCAGAUGACACAAUUAAUGGUCAUCAGGAUGUUAUCUCUGCCACUGUCCAUCCAAAGUUUGCAGAUUUCAAACUUGUUGCAGUCCCUACAGUACGAAUGAAACGGGAGCUGAAGCAGAGGACUCUGUCAAAUGGGCGGACAAGAAAGAGGGACUUGUAUGAGCCAGUCAUGCUGUUCACCGAAUCUCUGGAUCCAGACAAGCUUGCUGUUGCAGGCAUUGUGCCACCAGUACUACCUGCUGAGGAUAGCUCAGUUGCACCACCAUACCAAUUCCAUGGUCGGAUUGGUCGUGGAGGGCGCAUCAUCUUUGAUCGAUGGAACCCUCUUUUUGCAGUUCCAAUUGGCCAGGAGAGCUCACUCUAUCUACCACCAAAUCCAGUGCCUCCCUCACCGAUUGGCUGAACACUUGCACUGCAGAAGGCUAUUGGCUGAUGACUCAUGUGGAGGAGCAGGAGCUUGUUGAAGCUGAGCAUGUUCAAUUGCUAGUUAAUGUACAAUUAUUUACUAAUUUCCAAAUUGAAAGCCAGUGCGUUAUUUUCCUCGUAUCUCGUCUCAUUUUUUGAUCCGUAAGUGUGCAAUCCGAUGCCAUAUUGCUAUUUAGUUUAUUGCUGAUGAAUAUUUGCCUUGUAAUUUUCCUCAACUUUAUGGCUAGAACGACUAUGUGCUUUGUUUGUGGCUAAA